AUGUAAUAGAUAAAAGAGAAGAAUUUCAAGAAGCAAGUAUCUUUUUUGUCUUAUGUAGUGUAAUCAAUACGAAAUUACGAAGUCUUAGAUAUACUCGGAAGAGGUGGAUAUGGUAAGGUCUUUAAAGUUAGAAGAAAAAAAAAUAAUUAACUUUUUGCUAUGAAAAUAAUGUCUAAAGCCAAGAUAAUUGAAAAAAAGAGCAUAACAUCAGUAUUAAAUGAAAAGAAUUUGUUAAAGCAAUUGCAUCAUCCUUUUAUUGUGAAUAUGCAUUCAGCAUUUUAAGAUAGAGAGAAUUUAUACCUAGUGCUUGAUCUCUUAUCAGGAGGGGACUUGAGAUAUCAUCUUUGUAGAAACAAAAGAUUUUCUGAAGAAGAAUCAUAGUUUUUUGCUGCUUGUAUAAUCGUAAGUCUAGAGUAUCUCCAUUAACACGGAAUAAUCCAUCGAGAUCUCAAGCCAGAAAACUUGGUUUUUGAUGAAUCUGGAUAUCUUCGAUUAACUGAUAUGGGAAUUGCAAGAGUCUGGAGACCAGAAAAUGCCUCAGAUACAAGUGGAACUCCGGGUUACAUGGCACCUGAAGUGAUGUGCAAGCAAAAUCAUGGUAUUGCUGUCGAUUUUUUUGCUUUGGGAAUUAUUAUUUAUGAAUGCAUGCUCGGAAAAAGACCCUAUGUUGGAAAAUCUAGGCAAGAGAUUAGGGAUCAAGUCUUAUCUAAACAAAUCCAAAUUAAAAGAUCACAACUACCUGUAGCUUGGUCAAUUGAAGCUGGGGAUUUUAUUAAUUAACUUAUCCAAAGAAAACCUGAAAAUAGAUUAGGAUCAAACAACCCUUCAGAUGUUAAGAAUCAUCCAUGGUUCAGCGCUUUUGAUUGGGAUGCUUUGAUUAAAAAAAAAUACGAUCCUCCAUAUUAUCCCAAGAAAUUCAAAGGCUAUGAAGGAUAGACGGAUGAUACUAUGGAGGAUUAAAAUGAGAAAAAUUUUGUAUUGCUCCGAAAUAAAACCCUUUGUGAACAAUUCAACGAGUAUUGUUAUAAUCCAGAAGUUUGUUUUGAAAAAUGA